GCUGUGAAAUGGUUGCAUUGCCCAGUAGUUGCACAGGAGAAAUGAAAUCUAAAUCAAAGGUAUGUGCAAUAAUACUACAGUGUAGGGCCCUUCCCGGCCCAAGUGUACCGCAUGCACGCUUGCCCAACCUAUCAGCCCGCGUGAUCGUACAGCUGCUCUCUACCUCGCGCUUCCUACUCAUCUACAACUGUCCUGUGACCAGUUGAUAUGUUUCUGCUGUAUCUUUAUCCGUUUCCAUGGCUCUGGUGCACUUAGUGGUGCUCCUCCUUCGCCCUGUACCCAACAAGCU